CGGAAGGAGCAGAAGGAGUUAGUUAUGGCUGAAGAAGAGGAGGAAAACUCGCAGGCUCUGCAGCGUUUGCAGGAACUGGUUGACCAGCUGUAUCGUUUCCGAGACCAUUAUUUCGAGACCCAUAGUGUGGAAGAUGCUGGGAAGAAGCAGCAAGAUGUACGGGAGGAAAUGGAGAAGACUCUUCAGCAAAUGGAAAUGAUAGAAGAUGGGUCUAAGGGAAGAGCUCCUAUGUUGAUGCUGAAGGGGAAAGCAUUGAAUGUGUUGCCAGAUUAUAAUGCCCAAGCCGAAGAACUGCUCUCUAAAGCGGUCAAGUUGAAUCCUGAACUCGUAGAAGCCUGGAAUCAGUUAGGGGAGGUUUACUGGAAAAAGGGUGAUAUCUCUGCUGCUCAUACCUGCUUUUCUGGAGCACUCAGCCACUGCAAGAACAAAGUCUCCUUGCAGAAUCUCUCCAUGGUGUUACGGCAGCUACGCACAACCUCUCCCGACGAGCACGCGCGCAACGUGAUGGACAGCGUGCGGCAGGCCAAGCUGGCUGUUCAGAUGGACGUGCGUGAUGGCCGCUCCUGGUAUGUCCUCGGCAAUACCUACCUCUCCUUGUUCUUCAAUACAGGACAGAAUCCCAAGAUCUCACAGCAGGCGCUGAGCGCCUAUGCCCAAGCAGAGAAGGUCGACCCCAUGGCUUCUUGCAACCCAGAUCUCCAUCUCAAUAGAGCCACGCUGUAUAAAUACGAGGAAAACUACAUGGAAGCCCUGGAGGGAUUUGCGCGGGCUGCAACCCUUGAUCCGGCUUGGGCAGAACCACGCCAAAGAGAACAGCAGCUGAUUGAUUUCCUCGACAGGCUAACUGGCCUCCUUGAAAACAAGGGAAAGGUGAAAGGCAAGAAGCUGCAAAGCAUGCUGGGAAGCCUGCGUACCUCCCAGCUGGGCCCAUGCGGAGACGGGCACUACCAAGGGCCCUCUGGUCAGAAAGUGGAACUGGAGCGGCGGCCUCUAAAUGCUUUGCGACCUGGUGUCAACUCUGGCACUGUUGUGUUGGGAAAGGUGCUCUUCAGCUUGACUACAGAGGAAAAGGUGCCCUUCACUUUUGGCCUGAUGGACUCGGUGGAGGGCCCCUGUGUUGCCGUUACGGUUUACAACAUGGCUCAGAGCUGGGGGGUCCUGAUUGGAGACUCAGUGGCCCUCCCGGAGCCCCACCUUCGGCACCAAAACAUCCAGUAUCAAGGCAAGAGUUUUACUUUCUCCAGCAUCCGGGUGGAGACCCCGCUGCUGGUGGUGGUGAACGGCAAGGUGCAAGGAUCCCAGAGCCAGGCGGCCGCCACCGUUGCAUACCAGGCACAGAGCGAAUGAAGAGGGGGAAACGGGUCAAGGUGGGGAGCGCUCCCCUUCCGGCAGUGCUUGGCCUUCAGGCUGUACCCCUUUCAGCAGAUCUGAAAAUUUCAUGGCCAAGGGUAGUUGGACCAACUUUUAUAAUAUAUGCAAGCAUUGAGUGAAAGAGUAAGAAACAAAGAUGGGUAUGAAUCUUAGUUUGGAGAUCCAUGCUGGUGUGUAUGCAUGGCACCACGGAUGCUGCAGGUUGCCUUCCUCUGCAUCCCCCACUCACUCGCUCGUGUAUGCUCCUCUCCUCCUCCUCUUCCCCUUUGGCUGUUCAGCCUGUCUCCAGCAGGAGCACGGGCUUCCCUGCUCCGCCUCCUUGGCUGAUGGCCCACUUAGACAAGGAGGCAAGACAGGCAAGCUUGUGCUCCUGCCCGGGACUGGUUGAACAGUAAAAGGAGGAGCGGAGGAGUAAAAGGAGGAGCGGAGGAGCGCAGUUUCACUGGCGAGUGGGUCAUUGGCCAGGGAGGCAGGGGAACGGGAAUGUCCAACACCUGUGGUGCCGUGUAACAAAUGGGCACGAACCGCCGAACCAAGGUUCAUGCCCAUCUCUAGUUUAAAAGAUUGACAGCUCCACAUCCCAGAGCCAAACCCUCUUGUUUAGUUCCUUCUUGGUUACUCUUUUUAACAUUAUCCCAACAUUGGAAAAAAAAAAUCAGGCUUCAUAAGGUGGUCUGAAAAACGAGCUACCAAGAUAAUUCCAUGUUCCUUCUGUUUUCUUGAACACUUCCUGUUUUUCCAGCACCAGGCGGUGUCUUUGCUGCCGAGGAAGGUUGGCACUUAAGUGCCCAGAUUUUUGUAUAUCCCAUUGAGUUGGAUUCAGAUGUAGUCAAUUUCAAACCCACUGAAAUCAAGGAGAUGCAAAUUCGUUGUGACUGAAAUCCCACCAUUUUCAGUGGGUCCGCUGUAGGUGCGACUCAGUUUUGUUCCACCCUGUUAACUUUUAUUUGUGUGUAUAUAGGAGAUAUAUUCUGUAUUUAUUUGGCAAAAUCUGGAGUAUGUUUUUGUAAUUUUUAUAUAUUAUUUUCCAGAUGUCUGGUGUCUUCUUUGCUACCUGCCCGCCUCCUCUAAUAAAAGGUGCAUUGUUUACCAA